GAGCACCGACGGUAGCAACAGGAGGUCUACGUCAGGCGUCUCAGGCUUGCAAAAGACUUGCUGGCCGACAUCUCGUACAAGCACCCUGGCAUGGAAACUCCGCCCGGCAGACAAUUCAAGGUAUCGAGAAGAGGGAUCUGCAACCGAACGUCGGUGCGACCGUGUUGCUCCAAUAUGCCAGUCUCAACUCGACGGCCCUCCUCAUCAGUGACGGCGAGACGUAAACAUGCUGCGAUGACUCACCAAGCGUCUCUCAUUUCUACCCUUCUCAAGCGCAUUCGGCACGAUCCUCACGCAAAGGAUUUCCAUGAACAGGCACCUAGCCUGACGGCCGACAACUUGCCGUCUACUGGAACGGAGGAAAGCAGCAGGAUUGCCGGUUUCACCAGUCGCCCAAAGAGUACACAGUUGCAGUGGCCCCAAACAGGAGCAAGUGGGUCUGGAAAAGGCGCAGACCCGAUCGUUUCAUCCGCAGAUGCACAUAUGAGCACCGCCUUAAACACGGAAAGCAGUGAAUCCCUAGCAGAUAUGGCCGCUUACGGUCUUCCAAUGCAAUUCGGAAGCCACAAGGUCCUCGCACAUGUGCAAGCCAGCUUCGGGUUAGCCAACUCGUCUGAUUGCGAGAAUACCACAGGCGGUGCAGGACAGCAAAGCACAUACAACAUGGAAACUCCCCGGACAGCCACCAAGUGCCGCUCCAGGGAAGUACGGCGCUUAGCCAUACCCGAGCUCAAGUCAGCGGAUGACCCUGAGCCCUUUCCUGAAACCUUUUCAGGAUCAAGAGCCAAUUCAGACGGCUCUGGUACGCGAUCGUCAGAACAAAGCCGGGGCUCCCCGAAUGCCGUUACAGGGCCUUCGACGGUGCAUGAGCUCGUACGCUCUGCACCCCCCUAUGCUACUGGGGACACCAUUACCGGCAGCGCCAACAGGAACAACAAAAGCAAGAAGAAAGGAAAGGGACAAGCGCUGCACGGUGGGCAAUACCCUCCAGAACACAGGUGGUGGCGCACCAUGGCUCUCACCAAACGGUCAGAUUUACGAGGCGCUCUGCAAAAAUACUGGCACAAGCGCUACGAUCUCUUCAGUGCGUACGACGACGGCAUCUUACUCGAUGAGCAAAGUUGGUGGAGUGUCACGCCUGAAGCGAUCGCUCACCGCAUCGCGUGGCGCUGUCACCAUACCCUCUCAUCCGCCCCCCGAUGGCAGACGAUGCAAGGGAAGAUCAUUGCAAAAAGCAAAAGGAGCCUUCUCCGGUCGAAAGAGACGCAGCUUGUGGCACUUGAUGCGUUCUGCGGCGCAGGCGGCAACACCAUACAGCUGGCCAUGCUCUUCGACCAUGUACAUGCGAUUGACGUUGACCCAGUCAAGCUGGAACUAGCGCAGCACAAUGCUAAAAUCUACGGCGUCGCGCAUCGCAUCACCUUUUGGUGCUAUGACUUUCCUGACGUUGCACGGAGAUGUGCGGCUGCAAAUAGGAAAGACAAGUCACAAACGCUUUCGGAGCAAGGGAAGAGCCUCAUACCCGAGGAGCUCCUUGACUUCCGACGCGUUUUUGAUCUCAUCUUCCUGUCUCCACCGUGGGGCGGCAUCAACUACCAACAGCCAUCACUACUCCACGCAGACGCGCAAGGCAGCAGCGGGGCUCACGCGUCUACAGCAUCUGCAACAGUGGAUACAUACACAGACACAUACUCGCUCGAUUCACUCGCGCCUAUGUCGGGUAGAGAGCUCGUUAAUCUCUGCGCAGAAGCUUUCGAAACUACCAAUAUUGCGCUUUACGUCCCGCGCAACACAUCGCUGCAGCAGAUCUCCGACAUCGCCAAGGAUGUCGCCUCGAAGCGACCAUCUUCGCGCGGGAUAUUUCGAACGAGCGAUGGCAUCCCUACCGCCGCUGCUGCUGCUGCCACCUCUGCUGAGACAAUGGUCGACGUCGAUGUGGAAGAGGAAUGGAUGGGCCACAAGCUGUGCGCGCUCACGUGCUACUUUGGCGAUUUAGCAAGGGCCGAAGUGCCCGGCACAGAGGCAUAGCACGCCAUAGGAGAGGCACCUUGAAUGCAUUAGAUUGCCCCGAUCCGCACAAUUGAUUCGUUCUAUGACGGUUUUGCACCUCCCACA